AGCAGCAUCUCCACUGUCCAUUGCAAAAUAAUCAAACUCCUCCACAAUUACAAACCCAAGAACAAGGAUAACUAGUUAGAUAAACUAAAACUCAUCAGGCUGCAUCAGGUUUCUCAUCCUAGUGGCCUCAGAAUCUCUAGGACUUAAUUAACCUGUAGGGGAUCCAGUAGCCAUGGCUUCCACCUCCUCCACACUUUCCAUCUCCUCCUCGUCCACUCUAGUUGACACCAAGGCUCCUCGCCAUUCGGCUGCCUCAUCACCACAAUGUGUGACCCUGCCUUCCCUUCCUCCACCGCCAGUUCAUUCUCAAAAUCACGCAGGGAAGACCACUGCCUACUGUCGUAAGUUUGCGCGCAAUGUCAUGGCCAUGGCGACAGGGGAAGCACCAGCAGAAGUUGCAGUAACUGAGCUGCCAGAGAUUGUGAAGACCGUUCAAGAAGCUUGGGAGAAAGUGGAAGAUAAAUAUGCAGUUUCUUCACUUGCAGUAGCUGGUGCUGUUGCACUAUGGGGCUCCACUGGACUGAUUUCGGCAAUUGAUAGGCUUCCUUUAGUUCCUGGUGUUCUUGAGCUUGUAGGAAUUGGCUACACUGGGUGGUUUGCAUACAAGAACCUUGUUUACAAACCAGACAGAGAGGCUUUGACACUGAAGAUUAAAGCUACAUACAAAGAUAUAAUCGGCAGCAGCUAGAACAACCCGAAAAGUAAUGUUGUUUAAGAUAAGAACUCGUGGCCGGUUUUUGAAGCAUCUAUCUGUAUACGUAAAUAUCUCGCAGCAUUGUUCAUAAGGAUGUGAACAUUCUUCAUGUUGUUUGCAACUUUGCAUAAGCAUAUUCUAACCAAGGUUAUUAAUUAAUGUCAUGUACGUACUUAGUCUGCGAGAUACAUGUAACUAGUACUACUAUAAUUUGUUUCCGUCUAAUUAGCUCCUUGUAAGUUAUAUCA